GUUAAAAAAAAAAAAAAAAAAAAGCUUAAAAGCUCUAAAGCUUGUGACAAAGGCAGCGAAAGCACCUGUAAAAGCAGGCGCGGCGUUCCCUGUCAGCCCGCAGCCCCGGGGUUGAGCUGGGCCUCGGGAACGCGGUCCCUGCGGGAACAACGAGGACGGGGAGGGUGCCCGAGCACCGGCUGAUCGGAGCCUGCAGGCCCAGGGACGCGUUUUAGUGAUGGGAUCAAGAAAUGUAAUAGUACGUGACCCCUUCCCCAGCCCCAGCUGCUGAGUAUGCCCAAGGCAAGGGCUGCUAAGAACAGUGUUGAGAAAAGAAAGGAGUAAAAUGUGCAUUAAGCAAUGACGUGGCCAAAAAUAAGGAUACCCUUUGCCUCCCAUCAUUAGAGUCUAAACCUGUUUAAUGGCUAUAGGUGUUUUAUUACUAUUGAUCUGACAGAAACCCAGGAAGUAACUGAAACUUAACUUUGUUAAUACCCUGGUGUAUAUUUCAGUGCUCCUUUCUAGGACUUAUUAAAAUUUAACUUAUUUCAGGCAGAGAUACUACCAUGCUUCCAUUUAUUUCUCCUGAAUCUUUCACAAACUCAGUGACAAGCAUUCUUGCUCUUUCAGGAGACUGAAUGCAGAAUUAGAGGCAAAAACAGAAAAACUGGUGCGUCAGGCUGAAGAAGUGAUGAGAUCCGCUCUGUCCUGGAGUUUCAUCUCUUACACACUCACAUGCCAAGCUGGCAAACAAGAAGAAACGUUCUUCUAUGCCCAUGGCUCAGAACAGACCAUCCUCUGGAAGCAAGGGGAAAAGACCAACUUCAAGUUCAAAAGUAAGAAACCAGGAAGAACAAAGUGCUGAUGAUGUUGCAGUACUGGAGGACUGUGUAGAUUUCUCUUUAACAAAACCAACAAGCAAAAUUGAAGAAAAAGUAGAGAGAGGAGGCUUACCAGAUUGUCCAGAUGAUGAUAUUCUUCCAAGCUUUGGAGAUGAAAUCGGAGCAGAAGUUCAAAUCAGACUUCUUAAGGCAAAGUCACGUGUUAUGGAGGAAGAGCUGGAUCGCGUAGUGUGUGAAUGCAGGAAGAUGGAUGAUGAAAAUCAAAAGAUGAAAUCUCAGCUUAAAGAUACUGAGCAAGAAAACGCCAGACUGCAACGAACCAUCAGUGUGCAACAUUCACAGCUUGAGAAGUACAAAAUGUUGUCACAAGCAGCAAGCAAAAGAAGUGAAGGGUUACAGCAAGAGGUCAUUGCACUAGAAAAGGAACUGGAGACUCUCAAGCGGGCACAAAAGCAGGCCUCGGCCGGUCAGGGCGCAACAGAAGUUCGCUUAAACAGAGCCCUGGAAGAAGCAGAAAAGUACAAAGUGGAGCUGAAUAAACUGAAGCAAAGUAACAAGGAUGUGGCUAACCAAGAACUCCAAAUCAUUGAAGAAUUAAAAGCAGAAAACAAGAAACUGCAGAAACAAAAAGGCGAGCUAAUAACUGGUUUCAAAAAGCAGUUAAAGUUAAUUGAUAUUUUAAAGAGACAAAAGAUGCACAUUGAAGCUGCCAAGAUGCUUUCUUUUACUGAAGAGGAAUUCAUGAAAGCCCUUGAGUGGGGAAACAAUUGAUUCCAUCAAAGAAACAACUUCUAUUUGAAAUACAAGUCAGAUGUAUAUUAUUUUAGUACCGUAUAUGAAUGCUUGUUAAUAAUAUAAGUUAAUAACUGUAUAUCCCAGUGAAUUGAUUUUGCUUAUGUUUAAAUUGUUUAACUUUUAUAAGCCUGGCAGCUCGUGGUGUAUUAUCAUAUGAAAGACAAAUCCUGCUCAAGUUUCAGGCCAUGCUGUCCAUUCUGUAAUGACUGGAGAAGCACAGACCAUGCAAGGGAUAUUCCAUCAAGAGAACUUCAUUACCUGUUUGCUCUGUUUUAGCAUUUUAAACUAUACCUCAUCUAAGGCAACAUUCAGUCCAAAGAAGUCAGGUUUUAGUCUCAGGAAAUUCCUGCUUGCAACAAAAAUAAAUUAACCAGUGACCUAGUUGAGAAGAAAAUGUCAUGUCCUUUUUCAAAACACGUGGCUGGAAAAUUGGCCUUGUCUGUUCCCUGUAACAGAUCUCCCCCCAAAGCACGUUGGUCUGGCAUCUAAUUUAAGCACCAGCAGCUCUUUUAUAGGAAUGAUCAUGACUUGGUUUAGCUUUUCCAUCUUACACCCUUGGCUGGCAAAAAACCAUACAUGAGACUUGCCCCUCACUAUCCAGGUGGAUCCCACAAUCUGCUACAGUUGUGUUGUUUAAAACUGCUGCUUCAGUCAAGAUGAAAAUAUGAAAUCUUUCCCCAGCCAUCAGCUGCUGCUUCAGGGCACCGUCAGGAGCAAUGGCUCCAUAUUCACAUAUGCUCUGCAAGCACCACAUCCUAAUGAUUUCAUUAUGUCAUUGUUUUAAAAAGGAACUAGAUAAAAGUUAUAGUGUAGUUGAGCUGAGCACAUCACGUGUACAAUGAUGACCAGGAGCAAUCAAGGCCUGUGCUGUGUGCGUGAACCUCAGUCAGACCCCAGCGGGUUCAAUGGACUCCCUCCCUCAGAGUAACUGGGCAGGAACAUGGCACAUCAAUAGCAAGUUCAGGUACCAAAACAAAGGUAUAAACUGUGAUUCUGACUUUGAAGAGGAAAAGUGCCUCUGCUUACACCUCACCAGCAAAGCAACAUGAACAGCAAAGUGAAAAAUGUAGCUGGGAUCUUCCUCCUCAUACAUUGAGAUUAGUGUUUUAAUAGUGUGAUUCCAAUGCAGAGAGAUCUUUACAUUUCAACCAGAAAUAGUGCUUUGAGGGACUCUGAGUCCACACUGAAAUAAAUACACAUAUGAAUUUAUGCUAGCUUAGAUUUCUGCAGAGCUGCUGGAGAAAAGGUUUUUAACAUUCCUACAUGACUAACUGAGCAUAACCGAGAACUCCAGAAUAGUUUAUUGAUGAAAAGGCUGGUACAACACACACUUCAAUAAAACUAGCUUCUCACCAGUUUACAACUCCGGUCUUAAAAUGGAGACGUUUCAUGGGUAUUAAGAGAGUUCCUCGCUGGUAACAGCAAAUGGAAGUUGUCAUUAGAAGUCAGACGACACCUAGUGGCGAACCAGGAGAUGCGAUGGGGUGGAAAUUUCACCUCUCUUCGGAACAUGGAUUACCUCUUCUAUUCAGGUAAGCCAAUCUGAAUUCCUCUCCAAGCAUGUUAAUGUCAUCUUCGUUUUUGAAGAUUCCCUGCAAUCAGGAGAAAGAAACAUGUCAGAAAUACUGAUACUGAGCAACUUAAUCAGAAAUUAUGUUUGGGUGAGGGAAGAAGGGGAACCCAUAAAUCUAAAUCUCUAAUUCUAAAUUAACUUUAAGGCUAAAAACAUGUAUAACCCACAGAACAGAUCCUGCAGCAUUUAGAACAAAUAAAUUACAAAUUGCAUUUGUAUUGGAGACUUCACAACUAGGUAGUGCUUUUCUGUUCAGCCAUUUUGAGUGAAGUGACACGAUGUCUGACCACGAUGUUCAGACACUGUUGAAGCAGACAAAAGAACGAAGUAGCACUUUGAUACCAUGGAACGGGUCUGAGCCUUGGACCCCCUGAAACAGACAAGCUUUACUACAACAAUAAAUUCAAACCCAAAAAUUGUAUACAAAUAUUGCCAGUUUGAGUUAGCUUUUAUUUAAAUUCACAUUAGAAAAACUCACUCACUCUGAAUGUUACAAAUUCACACACCAAAUUAGUGUAUUAAUAUCUGAAUAAAAAUCAAUACUCUGCUGUAUUUACAAUGUUUUCCAGUAUUGCAAAAAAAUUAAUUUAAAUAGUUGUGGGAUUCCUUCCCUACUGUAAAUGCAUUUUUACAUCCCUAAAGCAGCUCUGUUUAUUUGUGUAACAUCAGGUGAUCUUUCUGACUAUGAAGUAUAAUACUAAAUAAAUUGUACUUUAUUCCUAUUACA